ACGCUUAAUUACUUAUCCAGAGCGCACCGUUGUAACCGAGUGCGGUCGACAGGGGCGGCAGAGGAAGAGACCGAUGGCGAGUGGGUGCGCGGUGUCGGUCUUCGGCGGCUCCAAGUGGUUGCUCCAAUUCAAGAACCAGGAUGCUCGCGAAGGCCUCGCCAUUAGCCGCUUGCCGCCUCUUCGUCCGUCGACAAGCCUUCCUCCCUCCCUACUCCUCCGCCUCGCGAGAACCCCAGACCGCUGCCGCCUCUUCACUGUCGCAGCCCAAGAUUCCAACCCUCGGCAGCAGCAGCAGCAGCAGCAAGAGCUCGACGUUUCCGUCCUCCGCUUCACUUUUGGGAUUCCGGGUCUUGAUGAGUCCUACCUUCCGAGGUACAUUGGAAUCGCCUUCGGAUUCCUAAUCAUACUCAACCACGUCUUUUCCGCCUCCCCCGCUACUCCCGCUCAGCUGAGGACCGAGGCUCUUGGGAUGUGUUUGGCCGCCUUCUCGACCGCCCUCCCUUAUCUUGUGUUGGGUCCAGCCCAAAUCAAAGAAAUUAAAGAGAGAGAGAGAGAGAGAGAGAAAAAAAAAAAAAAAAAAAAAAGGGGGUGGUGUGGGGGGCAAAAUGUGAGAAAAAAAGAUUAG